CUGGAGACAGAGAGAGAAGGGGGGCAGACAGGACCAGACAGACGUCCGUUUGCAGUUUAGACGCCGAUCACUCGGCUGAAAACACGGAACCAUUAAACUUGAUUGCUAACGGACGGAACCGGCCAUUUAAACUAGCGCUUAACUACAUUUUAGCAACGUUCAAACUACAUUUAACGGCUGUACCGACACUUCUACGGUACGCCGAUAGAUAGUAGAUAGUAGAUAGAUAGAUUCCGGAGGAAGAGGAGGAGAAACCGGAGAGAGGAGGAGGAGAGAACCGAGACAGGAGGAGGACGGACGGACCGGAGGGGAAGGAGAGGAGGCUGGAGAGAAAAGAGAAAAGGGAGGAUUUUUUGGGGGGAGUUUGGUGUGGUUUUUGGUCUCCUCUCCUUCCGAUCGCUUUCUCUUCUCCAGCCCUUCCCUGUCUUCCUCUUCUGGAGUAUUUAUGUCUAUAGGCUUUAAAUGUUGAACUUGAUGGGUGUUUUAAACGCCACCGCCGCCAAUGUCUCCUGUAACGUUACUUGUAACUGCAAGCGCUACACCUCCCUGCAGAGCAUGGAAAUCACCCAGCUGGAGUUUGUCCAGAUCCUGGUGAUCGUGGUGGUGAUGAUGGUGAUGGUGGUGGUCAUCACCUGUCUGCUGAACCACUACCGCCUAUCAGCACGCUCCCUCCUCUCCAGACACGCCCCCACACGCAGGAGACACCUGCCAUUGGCCAACGAGGGAGGUCUGUGGUCUUCUGAGGGUACGGGAACAAACAGUGGUAUAAACGAGCACCAGGUGUAUAACCCACGGCCUCCAGACAGAGGGGUCCCCUUGUCUUACCUACAGCGGGAGCCUCAGCACGCCCAGUCCCAGUCCCAGCCUCCACUCCAGUCCCAGCGCUUCCAGCACACAUAUGCCCCGAGUCGCUUCCAGCCGACAUAUCCCUACCUGCCCCAGAGCCUCAUCGAUCUUCCCCCCACCAUCUGCCUCUCAGAUGGGGAGGAGCCCCCGCCGUACCAGGGCCCCUGCACCCUGCAGCUUCGAGACCCAGAGCAACAGAUGGAGCUGAACCGCGAGUCGGUCAGAGCACCGCCCAACCGAACAGUGUUUGACUCCCACCCCCUCGACCCGUCCAGCUCCUGUUUGCAGGCCAGUCUGCAAGCCCCUCCUCCGAGUGUCCAUUCAGGCAUCAGUGUGUUAGAAGCCCAGGAGGCCUUGUCCCGGCAGCAGAAACAGGGCUCUCGAGUAGAAGGAGCUCCCCCAGCCUACAGCGAGGUGAUUGGGCACUACUACCACCCGACAUCCCUGACCCCUAGCCACAACCAUCGGACUGUACCGUCCUCACAAGCACCCCCGUCCUCGUUCAUACACGGUCUGCUCCGACCUCCACCUCAGCAGCAAGAAAGUGUGAACAACAGGAAUGCAAGGAAUACGAAGGAGAAACCCCAGAAGCCCCAGCAGGUGUGAAAGUACUGCUUCCUUAUUCCUAGCCUGCAGGAAAACCAGGAUUAUGUCUGCUCGCCACUUGGGAAAUGGUCAGUAGCAAAUGAGGAACAACCUGGUCAAUGGUAAAAUCCACUCUGAAUGGUUUAAGGGCUGGUUCAUGUUAGUUGUAGUUGUAGCUGACAUGCGGUCAGUUUCAAAGUUCCCCCACUUCAUGGAUUGCGCUAGGACUGGGAAGCAGCAUAUGUUGGCUUCUCGUUAGGUAAGAACACCUGGAAACCACAUCACUCCUGCAGAGCACAGUUGCAGGAGAAAAUCCGGUACUUCCUGUUCCACAGCUUCUUACUUCCUGUCUAAGGAGCACUUCAGAUGAACCCAUGAUGAUGUCAGAGAAGAAGGGCAGAAGGUGGAAAGGAAAGGGUGGAGACAGAAGCCUCCUUCUUCCCUCCACCUCAUCCCUCCUCUAUUAGACUGAUCUAACAAGUCGUCAUUCAUUAUAAAUAUUUACUUGUUCUGUUUGUUUCUAUAGAACUUUUGUUCGUCUUUUUCGCGCUUACAAAAAAUAUUCUCUCCAGGCAAAUGGCGAAAUGUUGCAAUCUUCUUGGUUCUUCCAGGUUUUGUUUUGUUUUCUAGUUAUAAUCCCCCUCGCUGCUUUGACUCCAUUUAGUUCUGUUUCACGUUCACGACUGCACAAUCCAACGUUGGCAGUGACUCCUGCACCAGGCUUUAGCUGUUUCACUGGGACAUGUCAGCACAUUAGGAUAUUUCCAGAAAGAGUUUAGAUUUAGUUAGUGUUAUCUUAAACUAGCUUACCAGUUGUAGCACGGUGCUAAAAGUCCUCGAGCUAAACAUUCUGCCUUAUAUCGACCAACCGAUGCAGGAGUUGCCGCUAAAAUCCUUUUUUAGUAUUUUUAUUUUAUUUUAUGUUUUCUAAGGAAGGUUUGCACAAAGUUCAAGACUGUUCACCACAGAAAAAGAAAAAAAAAUCUGCAAUAUGAUUGAUAAGUGAGAAAAAAAAAGAAAGUAGGGGUAUUUUUCUAAACUUGAUAGAUUCUUAUGAGUAAAGAUGUUUUUUUUUUCUGUUUGUUUUUAUAUGUUGUCUAGUUUUAGAAAAAGAAACAAACAUCAGUAAUCUGUUGGGGUGCCAACUUUCACAUUGAACAUUUUGCUACAUACAUGUUGGCAUGUAUAUACAUUACAAAUUGAGUAUAUAUACGCACAUGUAUGCAAACCGAGAGCGAAAGCACGAAUUUAGAGUUAUUUAUAUAAUUGCUGAAAAGAAUUGCACUAUUUUUUAGGAUGCGCAGAUGGAACGUGUGAGAGGGACUUUUUAUUGUCAAGGAGCUCUGUCCAUUGAGGCGUAAACAGAAGGAGAGAGACCUGAAACCACAGGGACUUACCAGAGGGUCGGACCAGCUCAGUGCACAGCUUCCAGUAUCAUGAUAACAUAUCAUGGGGAGAUUCUGACCUUGGUUCAGUGGACUCGGAUCAACCAUUACUGUACCAUUGAUUCAAAAAAUAAUCCCUUGUUUAUGCAAAUGUCCGAGUCCUGUGAGCCAACCACGAGUCAGCAUUCAACCUGUGGGCCCAAUCAGAAACUCUGCUUGUAGCUCUCUCUCUCGCUCAUCCUAUUGGCUGAAUCAUUAGCCAAUCCCAAAGCUGGCUGUCACUACCUCGAACAAACAAGCCAAGCACAUACGAGUUUGCUCACCUUAAUCAGACUUUGUCACAUCAAACAAAUGUCUGAACUAAUCAAGACAAAGUGUAAUGUAACAGUAGAACAGAGUGAAGUAGAGUAGGAUGUAAUAGAGUUCGUUUUUAAUCCUGCUGUGUGUUAUUUUAUUUGAAUGUCAGAAUUUUUGUUCAUUGGGUGAAAAGAGAGAGAGAAACAGUGCAGAUCCAGUGACACCUAACGUCCCCUUCGUAGUGCACUACUCAGGCAGAAAGCCAGGUCGCCCUACAGGCCCUGAAUGAAGGAUACGCUGACUGUGCACUACUGUGGCCUCACACACGGCACAUACAUGCACACAUUAGACCAACAUUUUUGGUCACGCGCUUGAAGUUUAUUUUAAAGUUGGAUCUCUCCUGCCUUCUCAGCACACACACACAGUCCCCCUCUGGUAGGUUUCUCUCUCUGCAGGCAUCUCUGAGCACUUUACUGCACCAGGAAAGACACAACAAUCUUCUGUCAGCCAGCGCCGGCCUUGGCUCACCGCCACACGAUAAAACUUAAAAACUACGGUAGAACCCUUUAAGAUUCUAGGUUAGAUUCCCCAACCUUUAGAGCCACACUUUUAAAAGAUGCAAAGAGUUGUGCUCCAAAACUUUAAACAUCCUUCAAAUGGAAAACAAAUCAUAACCCCACUAUCUGGAAUCAUUGAUUUAUCUGUCUAUCUAUAUCUAUUUAGAAUUCUGUAUGAUCUGUAAUAGUCAGACACCGGAGUUUCAGUACCAGUACCAACAUUUUCAAUACCUCACUUAACAGAAAUAUAGAUGUGUUUUUCUACAAAACCCUUCUUUUAAAUUUCUUGCAAUGUUAAAUGUUCUUUAUACAAGCAGCAGUACAAGAACUUUGGCUAAAUAAAACAAAGUCUAAAAUUGGCAAAACUUUCAUUUUGAUCAGAAACUAUCUUAUCAAAGAAUAAGUAAAUAAGAUCACGAAUGUGACCAAACAUUCAAUACCAACUUUUCGAUACUCAAUGCUGUGGUCACAUUUCGGUCGGCACCAAAAAAGUAUCGAGGUUCGAUACCCGGCCGGAGUAAUGACUCACCGAAAGAUCAACUUGUGUCCUUAUGAAAGUUUUAUUUUUAACCUCUUCUUCCCAUGGUGGAUAUUUCAAUUUUGGAGCAGAAUUAUUUGUGCAUUGAACGCAGCAGGAGAUGGGUUGUUGCAAAUUAGACACAUUGAAGUGUUGAAAAGUGACACGAGUGUUAAUAGCAACUCGUCUUUUGUCAUCUUAUUAAGAGUGUAGAAAUAAAGGUAAAACUAGCUUACUAAAGUAGAAGAUUAGAAUAUGCAGAUGUUUGUAGUUUUUGUCUUUUAAGUUGCUGCUUGUAUAAAUAGUGUGACCUCCACUCUUUUAACGUGGUGGUCUGAGGUUUGCCAGUUGUGGUGAACUUAUAUUAAUGUGAGGUUACCAAAGGCUGGCCCAAAUGAAGCCAGCUCCCUUUAGUGUCCAGUCUUUAUGCAACAGCGCCCUCCACAGGGACCGAACCAAACCGCAGCCAAAACUCCCGAAGCUGAGUUAGCUUAACUUUGUAGCCUGAGGAGGGAAGAGAGUCAGAAGGCCUUUACAGUGAAUCCUUAAAUCAUUUGUCUUUUCUUUCCUUCUCAAAUGAAUCACAGGUGUCUAAGGCUAAAUGUACAGCGCCUCUCGUGUAUUAUCGUUACAGAGAGAGUCACAGAGCUAAGCAUCCAUUUUUCUGAAAGAUUAAUUCCUGGUGAUCUAUGAAAGGACCAGAAGGUCCUUUAACAACACUUGCCAGUAUUUUGAAGUUAUUUCCAGAAUCCUUAAAGAGUCUUCUAACCAUCUGGAUAAAAAAAUAUUUAGUCUGCGGUACAAUAAAUUAUUUUUAACUUGUUUUUUCAAGUUGCAACUCUUGUUUCCUAAUCCAAACAAAGAUGGUAACCAGAAAUGACAGUUAAAAAUCUUUUCUAGCGUGCAGCAGACGGAAUAAUUUUCAUUUAGAUCUAAUUAGAUCUAGAUUGAGGAGUCUUAAGCGUUCUCAAACGAGCUUCUGGGUUUUUAAAGAUUGUCAGUUAUUUACUUUUCAGAAAAACAGAUGCUUAGCUCUGCGACUCGACUGACUGUAACUGUUUUAAACAGCAAUGAACCUUGAUAAAACUGUUUUUUUGUCCCUGUUAAAAGAGACAUGGGAAUAUUGCUCCUAUCAAAUUUUUAGGAAUUUAGAAAAACGGGCUCUUCCUCAGAUGAACAGUGGAAGUCUUCUGUUGUAUGAAUCCUGCCUUAAACUCCUGUGAUACAAAAAAAGGCAAAAAGGUGACAAAUAAUCAAAAGUCAUUUCUUUGCGGUUCACCUUCCCUCUGUCUUGUUUACUGUCUCUCUUUCUUCUUUGUUCCUGUGCUGCACUGGCAUUUUUUAUUUAAUUAAUGUAAAGGAAAAAAAAAAUAUGAUAUAAAGAAAUUAAUCUCUUGACCCAAAGCAGCUAAAGGAGUGAUGAGUGGAUCAAUCAAAGUAUGAAUCACCUUUGACCUCGGAAUGAGAUUAUGAGCCCAGUCCCAAUUCAAGUUUAGCGUUACUUAUUGAGCGUCCCUUCACCAUUCCUUUCCUUUCCUCCACCAGUAUUAUACUUGUGUUUGGACUGGGCUGUUUACUUUUUUAAAUGGUUUGGUUCCCUGCAAUGGAGGGUUUGCAGCGGGUAUGAGAAGGCUGGACAGGCUCUGAUCAGGGCGUCACGGUAGAAAAAAUUAAAAUAGUAAUAAUAAUUUAAAGUAAUUUACCUACAGUUCAUGAGACAUAAAACAGUGUAGGAUCAAUCUCUCGCUUCAGGGAAACCUGUGCUGGCUGACGAUACAAAAAAAGACAGGAGGAGAGGAGGGAAACUCCUUCAGAGGCUCAAAUCACACAUUUACUGACACAGGUGAAAUCAUUUUACUUGUGCUGCUUAUACACCACACAUACACACUGGUAUGUUUACAUGCAGAGAGGUGAUAACAGUUGAAGUUGUUCACCAGUGUUCAUUGAGAUUCUGCUUUUCUUUAAGCAUUUACAUCAGUUUUCUAUUCUUUUUUGUAGUUGCAAAGCACAAUAACUGCUCUGCUCCAGAAAGCUGUGACAGCCAAUUUGAACCGAUGUGAACCAACUACCUACUUAAUGUUUUCUUUCAAAAUUCAAAUCCUGGGAUCUACUGUUUAUAACAGGCUGGGUUUUAGAAGUCAUUCUUGAUACAUAAUCACAUGCCCAUAUGUUCAAAUACGCUGAAAGAGUUAUUAGUCCCUGUAAUCAUUCCUCCUCAUAAAGUGAUUCUUGAAAGUUCAGCUGAAGCUAAUACGAGACUUCAGCAGUCUGCGCUGGACAAAUCAAAGUGGUUAUCUUCCAAACUUACAGUCUUUAAUGUACAAAAUUCCCUCUUUGUAUUUCCUUGCUGAUCCACAGCGCAUUUGUUGCUGGGAUAAAACACCUACAAUAAACCUACACACUACUACACUACUAUUACUACAAGAAUGUUUGGACAUAAGGAAUGAUUACAGCGAUAAAUAACUCCUUUAAUAAACAUAUCUGCACGUGAGAAUUGUAUUAAAAACAGAAUUGGAAAAAUCCAAACAUGUCCUUUAAAGUUCAGCCUAAGAGUUGGUUGAGCAAAAUCCACAUAAACUAUUGUUCAAAUAUGAACCAACCAGGUCUCUGUCUCAUAAAAUGUGUCCAAGCCAGUAAUAAUCAGUAUCUGUUUGAACUGGUCACAUAUUUGUCUUUGCUUUAAGCCAGCGUGAAGGCAGUGUUACAGCAGAGUGUUUUUGUAAAGUCAGCGGACAAUGUCUUUUCCCAAAGCAAAGUGUGUCUGUGUGUGUGUGUGUGUGUGUGUGUGUGUGUGUGUGUGUGUGCUGUUAAUGUACACUGACUUGCCCUGGGAAAGACCUCCAGCUGUCUAGACAAAAACUAAACACACACACACACACACACAGAGCAGACUAAACAAAUUAACCUAAGAACCAAACCUUCUACACACACACAGGUGCACUUUCAUUCGUCCACAUAAAUUUUUUUCUUAUUGUGGACCACACAAGAUAGCAAAAACAUUUAUCUCACACACACACACACACACACACACACACACACACACACUCCUGGAUUGCCUCAAGAGUUUCCUCCCCCCUCCUUCCUCUUCCUGUCUGAACGAGUUCUUCCUGUUCCCUAGAGAUGCCUGCUGUCCAAUGACAGAGCUCCUCUCAGACCAGCCCUUGCUGUCAUUGGCUGGCUGUCUUUCGGUCUCCUUGGAAACGUUUGUUGUUUAUUGUCGUUGCUAUGUCGUACAAGUGUGCCUGCCUAUGCUGAGACGGGCAAAAUGUGAGUGGCUAGUUUGGGCUGUCAAUCAUCCCAGGCCACGCCUCCUUACUGUCUCAGAUGAUGAUAAUGAUGAUGAUUGGAUGAUGAUGAUGAGAUUGAGGAUGAUGAAGAUAGAUGUUUUUGAUAGUGAUGCCACAGAGAGCGUUGCAAUAUACCUACUAUUUGCCUUUUUGAUAAUAUUAGUCAUAUUUUAACGUAGUGUGCUAAUUGUAAGUUUUUUUUAUUGUUGUUGUUAUUAUUAUUGUUGUGUAUUCACUUGAGAACAAAAAAGGUCAUUUUACUUCAAUCCAUCGAUCACACAAAAACUUUAUUUUUCAUUUGUAAAAUCAUCUGUAUGAGUGUAAAACUAACUAACAAACAAAAGCUCAGAUCACUGGGAGGAUGUGUAAAUACAAGAAAAUGUACUUCUGCUUUUAAGUGCCCUUUCCAGUUUAAAGAGCAAACAGUGCGAUUUGUCAGUGGGUGAAAGAGAUGAUUCCUCUGCAUUUUCACGUACUUCAUCUGAGAACAGUUUAUGUUUAAGCUAGUUGCAUUUGUGCAAACCACCACUGUACACUCACUUCAUUCAGUGCUGAGGUCAUCUUGGUAAGCAAACUUUUGAGCACAUUUUGCUCACGCACGUACAAGUUCAAGUAUACUUCUUUGUGCAUGUAAACAUCAAGUCCAGGUAACCUAGUUUGCCCACUACAUCUGUAAUCAUCACCUCUCCUCGCCCGGCCCAGCGUCUACAUGUGUGCCUUCUGGCGUCCGGGCUCAACGGAGACUUCUGUCGUCUGUAAAACACGUUAUAGUGCAAUGAACCUCUCAAAUAAUCCAAUACUGUUGCCUUGUGCCACAUAGACAUCAGACAGCACCACAAUAUCUUUAAAAUACUUCUCAUUACACGGCCAUGAUGUAUGGAAGCCCAUUCAGGAAAAGAAAAAAAAGAGAAAAAGAUUGUAAAAAGAUUACAUGUGAGGAUUGACAAAAACAGAAAUAUUCACAGAGGUUGAAAGUUUUGAAUGAAUGAACUUUCAAUUUCAGCCUUUAAGUCAACAUGGAUGAGAAGUCCUUAAUGCUCUCAGAAGAAAAUGUAAAUGUAUCUACAAUUCCAUUACAAUUCACCAAACUCCAUCUGCUGAGGAAGAUUGUGUGAAACAAUUGAAAAGCUCCAGAACAGCUACUGAGUAGCCCCUCUGGUGAGAUUUGUCAAAACUACUUGAUGAGAUACUAAGUCACUUAGUAUCUCAUCAUUUUAAGCAGUUUUUCUUUCAUCAUUCUUACUUUUCAUCAGUAUUUUUUUUCUUUUCCUGGCAAAUAUGUGCUUCCAUAAUAAUGAAAAAAGAUGCUGAAUGUUUUAAACUGUAGCUUACUAGUUACUUAUGCUGCCUUCCAGAGAUGUCGGAAAGUCCGAAGUUUUGUUAACAUCUAGAAUAACCACUAAAGUUGUAUUUUUAGCAUAGCAUGACCUUAAAUGCAUUGUAUUAGCAGAAUGCUAACACAAAGGCUCAGUUGCAUCUGAAGUUCAGUUGCUAACUUCCUGUGAGAAUGUUUGCUGUUGGAUAGCAAACAGUGUUUGAAGUUGAAGAAAAUCCUACUGACGGUCAUGUUUCUUCUGCUUUUUCAACUUAAGGUUAAUGUGUCAAGAAACUACGACCUACCAGGGAUAGUUUUACUUUCGACAUUUAAUGGAACGCAACAUGAGAAAUGGCAUUACAGGACAGUGGAGCCAACAUGGCUGCCACGAAAAUAAGCAAACAAUGUUUUUCAGCUUGGUGUAGUCAAAGUCUCAGGCCUCCAAUAGUCACACUACAGCCCAGUUUUCUGUCCACAGCAUCAUUAAAGACAUUUCCAAAGAAGGAAUCAUCUUAAACGAGACUCUUGUCGCUGAAAAAAAAAGAGUUACCCCUGACUUGAACUUUUCCGUGUUUUUUAUUAUCCUUGGGCAAACACUUUGCUUUACAAUUGCAUUUUUCCAGUUCCUGUAUCGCUGUCGCUCACCUGUAGACAAGUAUUUUUGGUACACAAUAACACAUUCGAGUACUUGUUUGCAAGAAGGUCUUGAAGAACUCAUUUAGAACUUAUGCCAUUAACACUUGUAGCAGACUGGAGAAAGGCAAAGUGUAAAAGAAACUGUUUUCCCCUUUUGUGUUUUUGCUCAUUCUGCAUCGUUCUUCUUCUGCUCACACUGCUCUUUGAAUCAGCGCAGCUUGGCGCCUUUCCCCUGACAAUGCUGAAGAAAAUAUAAGUAAACACUCUCUUUUGGUUGCAGUAUGUAUGUGUGCAUAUUCAAACAAGCUUCAAUAUCUUACAAUACACGGCAACGCUCUGAUGCUUGUCCACUGCCGUGACUAUUGUAGAAGUCUUCCACCUGUUGUUGAGUUUUAUCCUGCAAGCAUGUUAAAUGUGGGACUUGUACAAUAGAUCCGUUUGUUCUGGCCAGGAUUCCUACAUGCAGCUGGUCCGCAAGUUUGAGAAAAGUAUGAUAAGUCUGGGACUGUGUCCAGAAAAAUAUAACUACAUACGAAUAAUCAGCUGAAUGAUCAUCAGCUUUGGGUGAUCUGUGAAAUUCAGUCAAGACCAGAUGUCAGAUAAAAUAUGUAGGAACCCUGAUCUGUUUAUGUAGAAAAAUGUUGGGGUUCCCUGAAUUCACAUUUAGCACCAGACUCAUAAUUCUUCCAUUGAAGUGAAGUGGAAGGAAGAUGAACACAGUGCUGAAGUGUUCAGGGUUUAAAUCCAGUCUGUUAUCUGUCACAGCAUGGCUCAUAUACUUAUAUAGAGGCCUACUUAUUCUCAAUGAUAAUAAUUGCUUAUUUGUGUGUUUAUUUUAAUUUAUAUUGGAUGGUCUACGUGUUGCAAGGUUUGUUAUGUUGUUAUUUUCUACUCUGUUUGUUACAAACAUAAGACAAUGGUUUAUUGUUGUUGUCACAGAACAUGGUAUGAAUCGGACACAUUUCAGUUAGCCUUCGAUUUAAAAAAUGAAUAAAAACGUUUUAUAAAUA